UUGUCAAAAUUUUGUGUUUUGGACUACAAUCCAUGUUUUAGACCGUUGCGGAUUGACUGCAGAUCACGAAAAAGAUGCCUCUCAACUGGUAUUUAUUGAAAUCGACCGGGUCGAUGACCAGGGCCAACACCUAUGUUCGAAAGUUCACGGAAGGAUCAGAGCGCAGCGGGGUGCUCAGCACAGCCCCCAAAGAAUUCAAGAAGAAGUCAAAUGCUGCGAUCAGGAUCUCGGAAUUGGAUAACAUUUCCAACAUGUCCUCCGCUUCUCGGAGAAGCAAGAGGUUGAGCAACCGUUCGGGGCAGUUGAAAGAGCCCAAGAAUUCCCAAACGCUCGAAAAGUGUCCUUUGCAAUCCAAUUCCUGGCCCAAAAAGGAGCCAGUUGUCCAGGACUCUCCGCAUAUGCGGGAGUUUUUCAAUGAGGUGAAAGAGCGGGAGCUAAAAUCUUACUAUCUACGGAUGAGGGCUGAACAAAGAUAUAAAAAAGUGUCCCAUUUGUGUUCCGAUUGUGGUCUGCCCAAGCGAGAUAAGAAGGAUCUCGCCCAGAACAUUUACUGCACGGGAGAUAAGAACUUGAGGCGAAGUAAAAAUUAUGAUCGGUACAGGGAUCUCACUUGGUUGUGGACCUCCUCCGUGGCCUAUCCGCACUCAGCACUGAGUUGUGGAGGCGGUGGAGGUGGUUCCAUCUAUGUGUGA